UGUCCCCUUGUGGCCAAUGAAUACAUCCUUUCUUUUCUCUCUCAUCGUCUCUACUAAGAGACCUCCAUAGCCUACUUGAAUGGUUGAACCUUUCUAGUUCUCUCUAUCCCUUUUUUCUUAUUUUCGUUCUUCACUACCAUUUCGUUGAUCAGCAAUAUCUUCCUUAAUUUCUGAGGAAAAAAUGGCGUCGAACGGAACAGAGAACGGAGAAUUCAGUUUUGCGAGCAACAUAAGGGGCCGCAAUGGCCUGUCGAAAAUUCAAACGCACAAGAAGAAUCAAGAUGAGAUCUGCCAUGACGAUAGUGCUACUCCGGUGAAAGCUAAGACUAUUGACGAGUUACAUUCACUUCAGAGGAAAAAAUCGGCACCGACAACUCCGAUCAAAGGAACCGAGGGCGCCUUUGCCGCCAUCUCCGAAGAAGAACGCCAGCAACAACAGCUCCAAUCCAUCAGUGCUUCAUUGGCAUCACUUACGAGGGAGACGGGGCCGAAGGUGGUGAGAGGAGACCCGGCAAGGAAGUCGGAAACGCCGAAGGUGUCACAUGUGACCCACCACCAUUAUGCUCCCACCCUCAGCACCAGUGAUAGCGGCCUCAAGUUUACCCACAUCCUCUACAAUCUCUCUCCUGCGGAGCUUUAUGAGCAAGCCAUAAAGUACGAGAAAGGGUCGUUCAUAACGUCCGGUGGUGCUUUAGCCACACUCUCCGGGGCAAAGACAGGCCGCUCGCCAAGGGAUAAACGCGUUGUCAAGGAUGAGAGCACCGCAGAUGAGCUUUGGUGGGGGAAGGGCUCCCCCAACAUUGAAAUGGACGAACACACUUUCUUGGUAAACAGAGAAAGAGCCGUCGAUUACUUAUGCUCAUUGGACAAGGUUUUCGUGAAUGAUCAAUUUCUCAAUUGGGACCCAAAUCACCGCAUCAAAGUCAGGAUUGUAUCUGCCAGAGCUUACCACUCUUUGUUCAUGCACAACAUGUGUAUACGACCCACUCCUGAAGAGCUGGAGGAUUUUGGUACUCCGGACUUCACAAUAUACAACGCCGGGCAAUUCCCAUGUAACCGUUACACACACUAUAUGACAUCCUCCACUAGCAUAGACCUCAAUCUUGCUAGGAGGGAAAUGGUCAUCCUAGGCACCCAGUAUGCUGGGGAAAUGAAGAAAGGCUUGUUCAGCGUUAUGCACUAUCUCAUGCCUAAGCGUCAAAUCCUCUCCCUGCACUCUGGCUGCAAUGUUGGGAAAGAUGGCGAUGUAGCCCUCUUCUUUGGAUUAUCAGGGACUGGUAAGACAACACUAUCUACAGAUCAUAACCGAUAUUUAAUCGGAGAUGAUGAGCACUGCUGGAGUGAAAAUGGUGUGUCAAAUAUUGAGGGUGGUUGUUAUGCAAAGUGCAUUGAUCUCGCUAGGGAAAAGGAACCUGAUAUCUGGAAUGCCAUCAAGUUUGGAACUGUGAUAGAAAAUGUGGUGUUUGAUGAGCAUACCCGAGAAGUGGAUUAUUCCGAUAAAUCUGUAACAGAGAACACUCGGGCAGCAUAUCCAAUAGAAUACAUCCCUAAUGCUAAGAUACCAUGCGUUGGUCCUCAUCCCAAAAAUGUCAUUCUUCUGGCCUGUGAUGCUUUUGGCGUGCUCCCCCCAGUGAGCAAGCUGAGCCUUGCCCAGACCAUGUACCACUUCAUCAGCGGCUACACAGCUCUGGUUGCUGGAACAGAGGAUGGUAUAAAGGAGCCAACAGCAACAUUUUCGGCAUGCUUCGGUGCAGCAUUUAUAAUGCUCCAUCCUACUAAGUAUGCAGCCAUGCUGGCUGAGAAAAUGAAGCAGCACGGAGCAACUGGAUGGCUUGUUAACACUGGUUGGUCAGGUGGAAGCUACGGAUCAGGUAGUCGUAUCAAGUUAGCUUAUACCAGGAAAAUCAUCGAUGCCAUACACUCGGGAAGUCUUCUAAAGGCAAACUAUGUCAAGACCGAUGUGUUUGGGCUUGAGAUCCCAACUGAAAUCGAUGGCGUGCCUUCAGAAAUCCUAGAUCCAGUGAACACAUGGUCUGAUAAGAAGGCCUACAAGGACACCCUGUUGAAGUUGGGGGGACUGUUCAAGAAGAACUUUGAGGUAUUCACAAACUACAAAAUUGGAACAGACAACAAGCUGACUGAGGAGAUCCUGGCAGCUGGUCCGAUCUUCUGAGUUGGAGAAGCUCUGUGGUUGAUGGAAAGAGUCUGAACUAGCAAAUAAAAAGAUGGUUGUAAGAAUGUGUGUUUAUUAAUGUGCCUCAGUUGCAUUUGUUAGGAAGGCUGGCUUUUGUAUGUUUGGUUCAUUUUCUGUCUACUUGAGCCUAGUUAUGUAUUCGCUUCACUGUGCUGUAAUUUCCAUCCAAUUGAUUAUGUCAUGCCUAAAAUAAUUUCCCCCAUCAAGAAAAUGUCCUCAGAGAUUCUUAACUGGUUUCAGAGUGAUUAGGACAGCAUUUGGCUCUGCAAUAUGAGAAUCUGAACUUCAAGUGUUCUUAACAAUAUGAAGAUCCCAGACGGAAGUUUUCUUCCGAAGAUGGGUGGGGCAAAAACAUCAGCCUUUA